CCGGGAAGAGGAGGGGAAAACGAAUAGCCCUCGAUGUACAAUUCAAUAGCAUUGUGCACUUGAGCUUUGAUCCUCAGCAUCUCGGACCAAAGUUUUGAAGGUUCCGCCUCUAACCCGCUUUCAACGUCCCACCCGUUUUCGCUCCUCAUUCACGUCAUUGGAGUUCAACUCUCGCCCUUGAUUGAAAUCUCAAAGGUCUAUAGAUCAUCCUAUCGCUUGAAUGCUGAAUGUUGUAGCAAUCGAUUCUUGUCCUCUGAGAAUAAUCAACCCGCAAACUCGGUUGAUUCUCACCAAAUACCCAUGUUGUCUAACAAUGUACCGCUUACGCAUCUUGGUGGAACUGGACCAGGUGGAAGACAGCGGUACAUUAUCAAGGGUCCACGUAUUUUGCCAAACCGUCCCUGUCGAGUGCGGACAUUCUCUCAGCCCCCCAAUUGCUGUCCUAUCUCAAUCAGACUCGAGCUCUUUCUCUGAGCCUGACGAGCUUUCUUCGCCUCCACCGACGUACGAUAUUCAUUCCAAACACUCCGAGGAACCGUCCCGACUUUUCCGUUCUCCUGAUUCGGUCUUCAUAUACUCAGAGGGGGAGCCUGGUCGCCCCAAAUAUUUCUCUCGUCGCGAAGAUCAAGGCCAAGUAGUGCUCCACAAGCCUCGUGGUGGAAUAGUUUCAUCAACUCAAAUUCGUCACUCGGUCAAUAACUCCAAGAUUUUCCCGAGUAACCCAAUAGCUCCACCUCGCAUCUUAGUGCCGCGCACUCCGUCCCCAUAAUGGCUGCUGACAGAUCACUGUCUUACAGCCACGAUGGAUGCUGGGAUGGCGACAAGGCCUGGUCGGAGUAUUGGGUGUAUGCCGCUCGAGUGCCUCGGCCAACCAAUUUCUGAAUUUUGAACACAGUAAUGAUCAUUUC